AUGCAACACCAUGCUGGAUCACGGAAGCGAGAGCGACCCUUGAGCUCCUUGAUUGAAGAUGACUCUUCAAAGAUCAAAAGAUCAUGGAGGCAUCAUGGCCGGGCUCCUCCAGAGUCAGUCAGAGUCAAUAGGGAUACUCCCCAGUGGACUAGACAGGGCCAUAGGCAGGGCCAUAGGCAGGGCCAUAGACAGCAGACGGCAUUCUCCAAUCCCACUGGAUCUUUAAAUGAUGAGGAUGGUUCUUCUUCAUUAUUAUUCCAGCCCUACUCCGAGUCAUUCUAUAGUGAAGAUGACCACGCCCCAGAACAGCCAUUACCCCUCAAGGAUAAAGAUCACCAUAUCUCUAUGCAGUCAGCAUCAUCAUCAUCAUCGGAACCCUCACAUUCAUUGGAUUUGCCGUCUCAUCAGCAGAGUGUUGACCCGCUCUUAUCCUCAGAGCAGCUGCACUCAUCACCAGCACCUCCACCAUCUCUUCCCCCCAGGGCAACCCAGCUGCGGAGGCCAGCCACCACUCGCCGUGAUGGUAGCCCACUGCCGCCCCGACGCAUGUGGUCUGAGGAGGAGGAGAGACGUCUUCUCCAGCUAUUUGUCGAGAAUGGGCCAAAAUGGAGGAUCCUGCAGCUGAUGGAUAAGGAACAUUCAGAUGGUGCAGUUCUACAGGACCGUAGUAAUGUUGAUCUGAAGGACAAGAUCCGAAACAUGAAGGUGCGCUAUGAAAACGAGGCUGCGUGCGAAUUGGUCUGGCUCAAUGACAUGCUGUAUGACGCCGGAUUACUGGAAGGAAAGGGAAAGAUCUGCUCAAAUCUGCAGGUUGACAAUAAAGGUGCCAUCGAUCCUGCGAAGGGGGAGUCCCUACCCAGACGAUCAAGGCAUAUAGAGAUCCGCUACCAUAUCCUUCGAGAACUUGUUGAAAAGGAUGAGAUAGAGCUCCUCCACGUUGGUUCUACUGCCAAUAAAGCGGACGGAUUUACGAAGCCUUUGGCGAAGCCCGCAUUCGUUGAUUGCGUUGAGAAGUUAGGAUUGGCGGAGACUAAUUGA